AUGGGUUUUAACCCACUUGGACCAGAAGACCAUUUUCCUGGUGGCUAUCCAAUGGAUAUCGAUGAAGAUACCGAUCCCUCAAUGCCACCAUCUGGAACUCCGAACCACCCUAUCGAGAUUUCUGAUGGGUCACCUUUUGUGGGAUCACCAUACAAUGGUCCCGACAGCUUUGAGGAGAGAUUCAGGCAGCAUGACUGGGUAUUUACCCCUAGUUACCAUAACUCUCCCCUGCACCAGCCGCAUCACAGCUCUCCCUUGCACUCCCAGCAGCAGCCUCAGCAGCAGCAGAAUCCUUCUGAGGAUUCCCGAUUUGUCGCGGUCACUCCACCGCCGACACCACCUCCGGUUCUGCCUCCCCCGCCUCCAAGGCGAAGAGGAAGGAACGCACGGAUUUCUGCACGAGGAGGAGUACGCAUCGGCACCCCUCCACAUUCAGGUAGCAGCCGAUACUCGCCACUUCACGAAGAGCCAGAGAUGGGAGAAUCUUCACAUCCCGUCUCAGAAGUAACCUCUGCGCCAAUCGCGCCACCACCACCACAGAAUUUUGGAGACCCAAUCCCUGCUUAUGCUAGCGCGGCAGCAUUCAAUCCCUUCGAGCAGAUUUACCCUCCAGGUUAUGACUAUACAGGGGAUCCCUACUGGAUAGCUUCGAACUACAACUCUCUCCAUCCGGAAGGUCCUUUUGGAGGUACCUGGGCUACGGGACAAUCGACUUAUAGAUACCCCUCGCAUGGAUAUCAGCAGCCGCAGCCUCCUCAACCACCGCAAUAUCCACUACCACCGCAGGCACCGAUGAUGUCGCCGCCUUAA